GGUACGGCCCCAGGCAGGACACGAGGCUGGUGGCUGAGCAGAGAACUCAAAUUUCAGCAGCAGAGGAAUCAGCUUAGCAUGGAAUUGACUUUCCUUCUGCCUGUGCUGACCUCUCUCCAGAUUUUCCCCAGCCUGGUGUCACCUACAGCUCCCCUAUCAGCCCCCACACUCUCUCUGCACCCCCCACACCCGGAGUUCUUUGAGGGGGAGCGUCUGACACUCAGGUGCUCGGCUCCCGGGGCUGCAGAGCCGACGGGGUACCGGUUCUUCGACCAAAGUGGGGAGCGGCUCUUCGAAACACCCCCUGAUCUCUACAGGGAAGGCCAGCUCCAUCUCACAGCUCAGCUGGCCACCACCGGGGCCUACAGUUGUGCAUACUGGAGGGGGGGCAUCGGGGCAAGAAACCCCAUCUGAGAAGAGCCAGCCCGUCUCCGUUCAA